AUGUCCGAAGACAUCUCAGCAUCCCAAAGCCUGCCACCCACAGAGCCCAGCGAUCGGAGUCCGAGUGUUUAUGCCGGCAAGCAACGAGCCCCUCGCUCAUGCGAGCUGUGCCACCAGAGAAAAGUCAAAUGUGACAAGAAAGACCCUUGCACGCCUUGUCGCAGAGCCGAGAAGCCAUGUGUCUAUCCGCGCCCCGGUCAGAGGGUUCGGCGCACCAAGCGAUCCAUUCACUGUGAGAUGGCCACACGCAUUGCCGAUCUAGAUAACAGAUUGAACCAAGUUGUUCAAGCCAGGGGGGUUGAUGGCCAGUCCCCGUCCACUGCUAUGAACAAAGCUCAGUCGGCACCAGACUUGACUGGGGUCGUGCCUUCAUCGAUAGGCACCGCUUUGGCCAAUCGUAGUGUUGAUACCGACACAAGCACGCCAUCAAGUGUUGACAUUCUGGUCCAGAAGGGAUCAACAAGUCACUACUUCAACGACGUCGUCCUCUCAAGGGUACUGAACGAGAAUGAGCAUGUUCAAACCGCUUUGACCAGCCCCCAAGCCAGUGCGCCAACCCAAUCCGUAUCCCCCUAUAAUGUGCUCGGCAUUCUCUCGGUGCCGGAUCUGUCAAGACCACCACACACCUACCACCCACCCAGUCAUAUCGCCUCACAGCUAUGGGUCAGUUACCUCAACAAUCUGGAGAUAUUUGCAGGGCAGAAACUGCUGCAUAUUCCAACAGACGAAGUCAAGGUGUUCCAGACAAUCAGAGACCCAUCAUCAGCAACCUUGGAAGACCUGGCAUUAUGCUUCGCCAUCUAUUUUGGCGCUUGCCUGUCUAUGAAUGAUCCAGAUCAAUAUGCCAUCUUAGGGGGGAGUAGGAUGGAGGCUUUGCUGAGCUUCAAGACUGGACUUGAACAAGCUCUUGCCCAUGCCAACCUGCUCGACAGGCCUAGCUUCACUGGCUGUCAGGCCUUGGCUAUUUAUUUGAGCGCACUCCGCAUUCGCAACCGUAGCAAAGGGCUCUGGGUUGCCAAUGGCCUCGCCAUUCGACUUGCGCGUACCCUUGGUUUACACUGUGAUGGAGAGCGCCUUGGUCUGUCCCCUUUUCAGUCUGAGCUACGCCGGCGCCUGUGGUGGCAUCUCCUUGGUUUGGAGAGUCGAGCGGGAGAGGACUACGGGUUCCAAAGCGGAUCGGAAGGGUAUCGACCAGGCAGCGUCGGUAUCCCACUCAACAUUGAAGACAUAGAUCUUGUCCCAGAUAUGAAGGAUCUGCCACCUGCAAGAGAAAGCUGGACGGGGAUGACGCAUUUCCUCAUUCAUAUCCACCUAACGAUAGCGACGUCAAAGCUGACAGCUCUUGCCACUUCGCGCUCACCAUCGGAAGAUGAAAGGGUCCAAGUUAUGGACGAGGUCAAGAAGACCAUCGAAGGAUACAUACAAUGCUGCAAUCCCGUGAUUCCCCGACAGCGCCUUGCUCUGUUGGUCUCAACCUUGGUGGUUCGGAAAAUCGCUUUCUUGAGCCGAAUACAAUGGCAACUAUUACAAUCAGCUGACGUUGAUGGGCCCUUUGGAAGCCUCGACAAUCUUCGGGAAGCUGAGGAUAUUUUGGAGGCAUCUCACGCAGUGGCGGACGACGAGAUUAUGGCACGGCACUUGGCGCCCGGCAAGGCGUAUCCUCAGUACAGCAUAACGUUGUACAUUCUCUGGUAUUUCUGUGCCCAUCCCGCCAGGUUUGACUAUCAAAGAGCGUGGGAGCUUGUGAACCGGGUUUUAGAAGAUGAAAGGGCCUCGGCGGCUGAAGGAUUCGGGGCAAAAUUAACGGUACUAGAAGCUCUAGCAGCCAAGUGCAAAAUUGCCUGGGAAGCGCGACAGACAUCCAAUGAACCAUCACUGGCACAUACUGGGCCUACGGUGACUCAAGAUGAGUCAACGCGCCGGGGGCCCUAUGGGGAUGCGGCAAAUGGAGAUUCACAGUUUAUUCUUCCUACACAGAUUCUAGAUCCUGCUUCCGGACCGAUGCAAUAUCUAGAGUGGAUGAGUUUGGUAUCAGGAUAUCCCAACGCUGACCUUCACGAAGAUGGUUAUUGGGGUCUACCCAAUCAUUGA